AUGGCCGACACAUCAGCCCCCACCUCAUCACAAAAUGACCAGUCGGCCAACCGCGGCAGAAACAAUCGUGCCAGAGGAGGUCGAGGAGGAAACAGAGCGCCGCGCGAACCUCAGGACGGCGAACAGAAUCAGAACAGCAAUAGGAAUGCUGGCAGAAGCAGGGGACGCGGUGGACGCGCCAGAGGAGGGGCAGGAGGGGCAGGAGGGGCACAGCAACCUGCCGAUCAAAGACAGCAAGCCCCCACCGAACAACAAAUCCAAGCAAAGGAAAAGGCUCUGGCUCUCAUACCGCAAGGAGCGGAUGGCGAAGACGUCGAGGCCGAAGUGUGCUUCAUCUGUGCCUCCCCAGUCGUCCACCAGAGUGUCGCUCCUUGCAACCAUCGCACCUGCCACAUCUGCUCGCUGAGACUGCGUGCUCUCUACAAGACAAAGACUUGUGCUCACUGUCGAACAAGUGCCGAGGAAGUCAUCUUCACAGACGAUGCCACGAAGCGUUUCGAAGACUACAACCCGCAAGAGUUUUCUCACAGUGACGACAACCUGGGCAUCCGCUACGAAAACCAGGACAUUUUCGAAGACACCAUCCUCCUACUACGCUACAACUGCCCUGAUCCAUCAUGCGAUGCUGCCUGCCUAGGCUGGCCAGAUCUGCACCGCCACGUCAAGAGUGUCCACCAAAAGUCCAUGUGUGAUCUAUGCACCCGCAAUAAGAAGGUCUUUACCCAUGAGCACGAACUCUUCACCCAACAAGAGCUGCGUCGGCACGAGAAGCACGGCGACGACAUUCCUGGUGCAGACAACCAGUCUGGAUUCAAAGGUCAUCCCGAGUGUGGUUUCUGCCGUCAACGCUUCUACGGCGACGACGAAUUGUUCUCACAUUGCCGUGAUCGUCACGAACGCUGCCACUUGUGCGAUCGCCGUGAUGGUGGCAGACAGCCUCAGUACUACGUCGAUUAUAAUGCUCUGGAAGUUCACUUCCGCAAGGAUCAUUUCGUCUGCCCUGAUGCCGAGUGUCUGGAGAAGAAAUUUGUUGUCUUCGACUCAGAGAUGGAUUUGAAGGCUCAUCAGCUGGAAGCUCAUCCUAACGGUUUGACCAAGGACGCUCGUCGUGAUGCCCGCAGAGUUGACAUCUCGGGCUUCGACUACCGCGCCCCGCACCAGCAAGACCGUCCUCAGCGUAGAGAGAACAACAACAGAGAGCGCCGUGCAGGUGGCCGUGGUCGCGAUCCGAAUGCUGAUCCAUUGCCAGUCUCAUCUGCUCAACCCAUGGGCAGAGCCGAGAUGGCCUACCAGCGUCAAAUGGCCAUUCAGAGUGCCCAGUCUGUGUCAACGCGUAGCUUCGGUGGCCAGCUCACUCAACCUGCUGAGACGUAUGCUGCUAGAGCUCCAGCCAAUGCUCCUGAGCCUGCCACUAUCACUGCCCCUCGUCCUCCACCAGAUCUUUUCCCCUCGCUUGGCUCGCUCAGCUUGCAGCCAUCGUCUGGUCCUUCUCGCCAAAGCUCUCCCGACCGUUCAAUGGCUGGCUUGACUCCACAAGAACAGGCCCGUCGCCUUCGUCACAACGCUGUCAACGAACGUGCUUCCAAUCUUCUCCGCAACGAUCAGACGAAGCUGGCCGAGUUCCGCAACAAGGUGUCGCUGUACCGUCAAGGUACCCUGACCGCCGAUCGUCUUAUUGACGCCUUCUUUGCUCUUUUCGACACGUCCUCGGCCGAGCUUGGCAAGCUGAUAAAGGAGCUUGCCGACAUCUUCGAGAUUGCGACUAAGAGAGAUAAUUUGCUGAAGGCUUGGAACAACUGGAGGUCCAUCAACGAGGACUAUCCCUCUCUGCCUCACGCCGCUGGAGGUCAGUCCGGUCCCAGCACUAGCGCGGCAUCUGUCUUGGGCAACGGCAUUGGCUCGAAGCGUAUCCUGAACCUCAAGUCCAGCACAGCACAAAGCUCGCGCUCGAAUAACACUCGCUCGUAUGGCUCUGCUGUUGCUCCUCACUCAGGAGGUAAUCCCUCAAGCGCCGGUGGCCUCUCGUUCCCUCCUCUUUCAGCUUCCUCGCGCUCAUCAACACCCGCCGCCCCUCCCGUCCGUGUGAAUCCGACUCAAGCCUCAUGGCUCAACUCCGCACCCGCCUCCGCACGACCAACACCUCAACCCUCGCGCUCUGCCACCCCAAGCAACAGCAAACCUCCCGGUCGUGGCGGCGACAUCUUCCCUUCGUUACCAAAAGCACAAAAGCCUACUAGUACGGUCUUCAGUCCCGGCUACACUGGUGCAGGCGUGCGACGAGUCAACGCUCCUGGACCCUCGAGUGUCGCUUGGGGCGCUGGAAGUGGUAUGCAGAGCCCUCCUGCUGUUGAAGAGUCGCCUGAGCAGAGGACCAUCAGGAAAGGCAAGCAGGGUAAAAAGCAAGUCUUGUUCAACUGGGGAUAG